UCAAACGAUGCCUGUUUCAGAUUUUCAACGUCCGCUUUUUUGCAGGAACGCGCGAGAGCUGCUGCUAUGGGCUACCCUGAUCCUACUAACCCCAACUUUGAAGCUACUACUGAAAUGUAUCACAAAACACUGACCGAGUGUCUGAGAAGAAUUAAGGCUUUCAAAGAUAAGGGAGAGGACAAGAUGAUUGCUAUCAUGGUGGCAUCUCACAAUGAGGAUACUGUACGAUUCGCCAUAGAAAAAAUGAAGGAAUUUGCGAUUGAACCAUCUGAUAAAGUAAUUUGCUUUGGCCAGUUGUUGGCCAUGUGCGAUUACAUCACGUUCCCGUUAGGACAAUCUGGCUACUCUGCUUACAAAUACAUCCCGUAUGGCCCAGUGAACGAAGUAUUGCCCUACUUGUCGAGAAGGGCACACGAAAAUAAGGGUGUUCUCCAGAAAAUUAAAAAAGAAAAGAGACUGUUAGCUAGGGAAAUCCUGAGACGCUUUGCUACUGGCAAGAUUUUCUAUACACCAAAAGGCAACUACAUCCCCGUAUAAGUUAUUGAAAUGUAAGUGAUAUUGAUAGCUGGUAU